ACUCCAGAUCAGAAGGUUGCGUGUUCGAUUCACGUCAGGUUCAUAAUUUUUUCCCAACACUUUUUUUUAACAAACGCAGCGUUUUCUACAUCUUCACUUUCGCAUUUUCAUUUCUCACACUUCCUUCUUUUCUCUAAAACCUUCAUCUCCACCAUUUUCCACUGCAAAACCCUAAUCCCCUUUUUCCACCUUCAACUUCAUCAAUGGCGUCUCGUCUCCGCCACGCCUUCCGCCACUACUCCACAAUCCUCUCUCCAAACUCCUCAACCCCCCUAACCUCAAAGGAAAAAACAAGAUCCGCCCUCCGUCUCCUCAAAUCCGAAACCAAUCCCGAAACAAUCCUCGAAAUCUGCCGCGCCGCAUCUCUAACUCCUGAAUCUCACCUCGACCGCCUCGCUCUCUCCCGCGCCGCAUCCAAACUCACCGCCGCAAAACACUUCGACGCACUCCGUCAAUUCAUCGACGAGCUUCUCCAAACUCGCUCCGACCUUCGCAACGAACGCUUUGUCUCUCAUGCUAUCGUUCUCUAUGGUCAAGCCAACAUGAUUAACCAAGCUCUCGGCACUUUCAAGUUCAUGCGUGAGAAUCUCAACAUUGUUCCGACGGUGAAAUCGCUCAAUGCGUUGAUUCUUGCUUCGCUCAUUGCUAAGAAUCACAAAGAGGUAACGCGAAUUUACCUUGAGUUUCCUAAAAUUUAUUCCAUUCAACCUAAUGUUGAUACGUAUAAUUUGGUCAUUAAGUCUUUUGCUGAAUCUGGUUCGACUAGUUCUGUUUUCUCGAUUUUAGAUGAAAUGGAUAAAAAUUCUGUUAAACCUAAUGCAACUACGAUUAAUAAUUCGAUUGGUGGGUUUUAUAAUGAGAAGAAGUUUGAGGAAGUUGGAAAGUUGUUGAAUUUGAUGGAGGAAAGGUAUAAGCUGUAUCCGGGUCUUAGUACAUAUAAUGUUAGGAUUCAGAGUUUGUGUAAGUUGAAGAGAUCUUCUGAGGCGAAGGCUUUGUUUCAAGGGAUGAUUACGAGAGGGAGGAAGCCAAAUUCGGUUAGUUAUUCUCAUUUGAUUAAUGGGUUUUGUAGGGAAGGGGACCUUGAAGAGGCGAAGAGGCUGUUUGCUGAUAUGAAGAAAAGAGGUUUUAGGGUUGAUGGUGAAUGUUAUUUUACGAUGGUUUAUUUUCUGUGCGAGAGUGGGGAAUUUGAGUCUGCUUUGGAGAUUGCUAAGGAGUGUAUUGGUAAAGGUUGGGUUCCGAAUUUUACUACAAUGAAAAAGCUUGUGAAUGGGCUUGUUGGUGUUUCAAAGGUUGAUGAUGCUAAAGAGAUUAUUAAGGAAAUCAAGGAGAAGUUUGCUGAAAACAGUGACCAGUGGAGUGAAAUUGAAGAGGGGUUGCCUCAGGAAUGAAGAGUGUUGUAGUCUGAUUCUGUAUUUUUUGGUAACUUUUAUCAGGAACAUCAGCGUAGAAAUGGAAUUCUUUUGUUUUGCCGUUUCCCUCGGCAUCUUGGCGUUUUGCUCAAUCCAUUGUUUGCUGGUGAUGUGCUAAGUUAGUUUUGUAUGUUUACAAUCACUUUCUUUGUCAGGGUAAUAAAAUUGAUUGGAAAUGGUUACACUGA